ACAUGCGGUUUGUGGUGUGUGUGGGAGAUGGAGCAGUUAAAGAAGAGAUUGGCGGCCUAUCGGGACGAGAUAGAACAGCAUAAACAAAGAGCAGACGAGGCAGAUGAAGCUAGAAAUAAGGCAGAAGAAGAAAAGGAUCGGACUCAGUUUGAAUUGGAAGAAGCACUGCGUAAAAUCAAAGUACUUGAAAGUGAUUUAGAUACAGCGGAAUCUAAGUUAAACAACCAGAUAUCUUAUAAAAAGGCAGCAGAUGACAGAUGUGAUGAAUUAGAACAGAAGCUUAAAUCUGCAGAGUAUGAAAUUUCAAAACUAGAAACUGAUCUGGAGACGGUAAAAAGAGAGAAAGAAAAAGCAGAUAAUGAGCUAAAACAAGCUCUAGAGGACAUCGAAGGAAUAUAGAGUUUUAAUGAUGAAUUUUUGAUCUAAAUUAUUAAUUUCAAACUCAUUUAAUGUUAUAGUUUUUAGCUAUCAUUCCAGAUUUCCAGUACAAUUAAUGUUCAUAUAGAUUAUUGUAAAUGUAUUAAUGUAAUGCUGGGUCACGUGAGAUCAUAAUUAGUGGGUGUGGCUAUGUGAAUUGUCAGGGGUGUGGCUCAUUGUGCAAAAUUAAAAGGAAGGAUGGAGUGUUGUCUAACUGUAUUGGGAUUCAUUGCUGGCUUAAUAGCAGUAUCACUUGUAGUAUCAUAUUUAAAUUCAAUGAGGAAGAAACAUUCAAUAAAAGGGAAGCAUCUGCUGAUCACUGGUGGAUCUAGUGGUAUUGGUAAAUCAAUUGCAAUUGAAUCCUUAAAGAGAGGUGCUGAUUCUGUGACUCUCUUAGCUCGUAACAAAGAUAAAUUGAAACUUGUAAAGGAAGAGUUGGAAAAACAAUUUACGAAUAAGUCAAUAAAUAUAUUAUCUGUUGAUGUCGGACACUCCGAUGCUGAAAAUGUCAUUAAAAAGCUUCUGAAGGACAUGCCACCAGUUGAUGUAUUGAUUAAUUCAGCCGGUAUUACACACACUGCAUCAUUGACUAAUACUGAUAGAAAGAUGUUUGAGUCAUUGUACGCUACUAAUGUAUUGGGAAGUGUGGCUGUGACAAGAGCCAUCCUUCCAGCAAUGAAGGAUCGCAAGUCCGGCCAUAUUGUCUUCAUAUCUUCUCAAGCUGGUCAAUUCCCAGUGUAUGGCUAUACUGCUUACUCAGCUACCAAGUUUGCUUUACGUGGCCUAGCUGAAGUAUUGGCAAUGGAGUUAAGACCACAUAAAAUAAGAGUUAGCAUUUCAUUUCCUCCUGACACAGAUACUCCACAGUUGGAUGAAGAGCUUAAGCAGAGAUCAGGACUAGUCAAGGAGCUGGCGUCAUACAGUCAAACUAUAAAACCAGAACAAGUUGCUAGUGAAGUAGUGAGUGGAAUAGAGAGAGGAGCUUUUGGCAUAUAUCACACUUUUGAUGGAUUUAUGUUGAACACAAUGACUUCUGGUGCAGCUCCAUUCUCAUCACUAUGGGAACUAUUUGUACAAGUUAUGCUAAUGGGACUCUUUAGGUUGGUUGCUGUCUGCUACUUGUUCCAGUUCAAUAGAAUUGUGAAACGUAAUCUUAAGAAAAAUAAUUAAUUUAUAAUAGCUGCAAAUACUUUUAAACAAUUCUUUAUUUUAGCAUUGAAUUUGGUAGUAGAUUUAAUUAGAAUAACUUUA